AUGGAAACCAACACCGUACCAGCAAAAAGCUUCAUACCACUCAAGAUUAAGGUACUGUUUUUUGUUUUAUGCCUAAUUUUUAAAAAAUCUUCAAAUACCUGGCAAAAAUUAAAAUUUAUUUUUUCCAUCUUAUUAUGAAAAGCGCAUCUGUUUUCGAAAUCAUCACAACCUUGCAGCUGCCAAAAGGAGCCAAAGUUGGAGUAGAUCCGUUUGACAAGCCCGAAGAAUUGUUGCCCAUCGACGAUUCCUUCGGCCAAAUACCGUAUCCCGUAGACAAGGACGGGCACAUCAUCCUGACGGGCGGCGACCCCAACUUCGUCGAUGGUGUGAAUCCAGAUGCCAAGAAGGAAGAAGGUCCUGCCGAGGUGAUCCUCCCCGAGAAGAUAGAGAAAGACAAAGCCGAGCCAGGCUCCGACGACAAAGAAGCACAACAACAACCUCAGGUGGCCAAGCCCGAGGUCAACAACUUCAAGUUUCCAUUGCCUAAGGGGGAGGAAGAGGCGACAGAAGAAGAGUACGAAGAGAAGGUGGUGGACAAGGAGGUGGGGGAAGAGGGCAUCACGGAACUGGACUAUUAUCAUGGGUAAGGAGAUUUUAUUAGUGAUAGAAAGCUUCAAAACAGUAUAUUCUGGGAUAAAAACAAAGAAAUGGCCAAAGUUAUACCUAAAAUAACAAAAGUCUAACGUUAUAGCCAAAUUGAGGAAAAAAAGUUCAAAACUAUGGUAAUAUCAACUGUUUUAGACUAUUACCACAAGAAGAUGUCAAGAUGCUGUUAAAUAAACCAGGAGACUUUCUUAUAAAAAUAUUAGAGUUAUCUGCCACUGAUCGUGUAGUAAGUUCACCUUCAUCUCAUAAUAAAAGCCCAGCAUUAUAAAUAUUAAUUAUAUUACACUUAACAAAUCAAACCUACAUAAAACAAGUAAAACACCCUACAUAUAACACGUCCAUCUCUUGUCCUAUCUCAUUGAUAACAUGAGGGUCUAUAACAAAAUCUUCUCCUCGUCUUUACUUUACAACUUGACACGAUGAGUCAAGUCUUCCUGUCGGCUGUAAUUUUCUAUUUCCGUCGAUAAAAUUCCUCUUUCAGACUUGUCUUGUCGUAAAACCAGUUAACAAUGGCCAACAAGUUACAUUUCGAAUCAAAAACAAGGAAGGGAAGUUCUUUAUCGACCCAAACCAAUCAUUCGACUCGGUGGUGCAGUUGGUCAAUCACUAUAUGAAGUCUAAGAAGCCGCUUGGAGCUAAUCCAUGUACAUUGGUCAAGCCAAUUUGUCGCCAGGAAUGGGAGUUCACAGCUGAUCAAGUAGAGCUGUCUAAACAGAUUGGCAAAGGAGCUUAUGGCCAAGUAUAUAUGGGUAAACUGACGGUUAAGGAUCAGCCGCCGAAAGAAGUGGCUGUGAAGCAGGUAAGAAGUUUCCUAUUGUAAUAUUGUUGUAAGGUUAAGGUUAAUUAGUGAUUUUUUAAAAACUUUUUAUUUUGUCAUAGAUGAUAGGUUCAAAAUACGGUUUUAGAUGAAAGUCAGUGAAAUGAACAAGGAGAAGGUGGAGGAAUCGAUGCGAGAAGCCAGGCUAAUGAGGAUGAUGCGACACAAGAAUGUAGUACGAUGCUUUGGAGUCGUGGCAGAUCAAGAACCCAUGAUGAUCUUAAUGGAACUGGUACCAGGUGGUGCUCUGGACAACUUUUUAAGGACUAAUGGUCCCAAAAUCUCGAUUUCAGAAAGAGUCAGCAUGUGUUUCGAUGCUGCUAAAGGGCUGAUGCACGUUCACAGAAGGGGCAUUAUUCAUAGGUAGGUUACUGUAAUGUACGGUUAGGUUACUGUGAUGUAUGGUAAUGUUAUAGAAGUAUACCGUAACGUAGUUAAAUUUAAUCUAUUUUUAAUUUAAGGUACAGUAUUAUAUGCUGUCAUUGUUACAGUACUAAAUGUAUUACUGUAAUGUACUUUUAGAGACGUAGCAGCCAGAAAUUGCCUUUACGGUAAAGGAGUUCUGAAGAUUACCGACUUUGGUCUCUCACGACAAGCUUCAGUGUACAUAGCCGACCCAUCCGAACGUACUCCAAUCAAGUAUCUGGCUCCAGAAGUGUUCAAUACUCGCACAUACACCUUCCAAUCAGAUGUCUGGGCCUUUGGCGUGUUGAUGUUCGAGAUCUUCUCAAAUGGUGCUGAUCCUUUCCCAAACAAAACUGGUCCUCAAAUCAAGCAAAUUGUAGGUUUAGGUAUUAUUUUUUAUAUAAAACAUAUUUUGAUAUUUUAAGGGGUAUUGAGAUAGUAGUUAAUGAAGUUUUAUUCAAUAGGUAUUGAUGGAACUUGUUUUAGGUCUGUUUCAAACCCACCCUCCUGACACCUCCUCCUUGGGCUCCAGACUAUGUCAAGGCUAUUAUGAACGAGUGUUUCAUUAAGGAUCCUCACAAGAGAACACGCUUACGAGUAGUGUGUAAGACUAUCGUCACCAUCAAAAUGUAAGUUAUCAUUUUCUGGUCAAAAAAUACGUAGAAAUAACGAUAAGAACAAACGUCUUUUGAAAAAAACUAUUUCUGUUAACUUUUUGACUAACUUAUUACCUUUAACUUGUUUUAGGGUCGAAGAGAAGCACCCGGACCUUUUAGCCAAAAUGACCAAAGCCAAGUUAAGGAUGAACAAAGACGUACAACGAGGCAAGCCUUCUGCUGCCAAACCCAAAGGAACCAACAGCAAGAAACGAAAUGUAGAUAAGACGGAACGGACAAAGGAAGAGUCAGAGAAGAGGAAACCCAACAAGGCGAAGAAGGUGGCCGACCGAACGGCCGAAGAAGCCUCGGGCAAAGGGAAGAAGUCCAAUAAAAAGGCCAAGAAGAAGUGA